GUGGUGACUGGUUAAAUUUGUCUCAUCUAAUCAUCGAUCAAAUAUCAUAUGCAUUCCGUCGUUGAUUGAGCUAACCUAAUCAAUAAUCUUAUCACGAAGCAAUGAUGAAAAAAGAGUGCUGUUGUGUUGGAAACGGUAACAAUAUCAAAACAAACUGAACAAACAUAGUGCUCACUCUGUAUCAGUAUUCAAUGUCUAAUUGGUCACAUUGAUUGAUUGAUUGAUUAGAUCAGAUGCCUUUAUUUCGACGUUCGGUCCAUCUUUAUCUGCUGAAACGGCAUUGCCGUGAAGCAACCUUGUUUGGGUUGGACAAAUCACGAUGGUAUCGAUUGGUGGACGACAAUGACCAAAUGCUCAGUGAUGAAUUACGUGGCAAAUUUAUCGAAUGUCAUCUGGAUCUGGGCACUCAACGAUUCAUUGACGCCUGUUAUUAUCAAUCGAAAUGUUUGUUCCGUUCACUGUGGAUAUUGAUAAUGCGUUCCAUAUUGAAAUUAUUCAUAUCAUCUACGUCAAUUUGUGGCCUUUUGAAUUGUGGUCGAAUGUUUGUGUUUAGUGAUGAACAGAUUGAAAAGUUUUGUUUCGACACGCUCGAUAUGCAAUCCGAAAUGGUGGAUAACGGCGGCCGAUCGAGACGUCAAAAUCGGGGCACAUUAUUGGAUAUUGGUGCUGGCGACGGCAACGUGACUGCCAAACUGGCCAAAUAUUUUAAUCGCACCUAUGUGACUGAAUUGUCACGUACCAUGCAGAAUCGUCUGAUCAAACGUGCAUUUCAUCUGUUGGAUGUUGAUGAAUGGCAUGAGCAUGAAUUUCGAUUCGACAUGAUUAGCUGUCUCAACGUUCUAGAUAGGUGUGACCGACCAUUGGAUAUGUUGAGCAAUAUUCGCCAAUCUCUCCAACGUUCUGGUGGCCAUUUGUUAUUGGCCAUUGUAUUGCCUUUAGUGCAGUAUGUCGAAUCGAAACGAAGCCACCAACCGGAACAAUAUCUGCCCGUCCAGGGACAGACAUUCGAACAACAAGUUCAAUCAUUCUGGGACAACGUGCUUGCACCAGCCGGAUUCGAGUUGAUUUGUUGGACCAAACUGCCAUAUCUUUCCGAGGGCAAUAUUGACCUUACUUAUUUCUGGUUGAUAGAUGCCAUUUUCCUGCUGAAACCAGCCCCUCACAACCCAAGCGAAUGGGUUUGAUUUCUUGCAUCUCUAUAGAUAUAUCUAUAUAUGAUUUAUUUAUGUUUGUUUUUUCUGUAUUCGAAACGUGCUUUUUCAGAACAUGAAUGAAAUUAAAUGAAAUGCAAACAAAUUGAA